AAAAAUACUGCGGAAAAAUCAAAUCCAACAUAUUAUCUCUUGUUUGGUAUUUGGUUUAUUGGGAUUGGAUCCGAGAGAUUUGUUUAUAGGAAUAAUUAAUAAAUAGAAGCAAAAAUGGUAAUACUUAGUCCCUUUGUAUAUUGGGCGCAAACGUCGAAAAUUAUUUCGUUAAAAAUCGAUUUGCGAAACGCUGAAAAACCUAACAUCGAUGUUAUAGAAAAUAACAUCAAAUUCUCUGCCCAAGGUUUUGGUGCUCAUGGAUUUUCCAAUUAUGUAUUUAAUUUGGAUUUAUUUGCUUCCAUUAAAUUAAGUAAAGAUGAACAAAAAACAACAGUCAAGGUAUAUGAAAAUCGUAUUGAAGUGGUUUUAGAAAAAAAUGAGGCAGCUUGGUGGCCAAGGUUAACAGCCCAACCACAAAAGCCUGCCUGGCUUAAGAUUAAUUUUGACCAAUGGAAAACCGAGGAUGAUGGAGGAAGUGAAGAGGAAACUCGAGAUGUUAUGAAGGAUUAUCCGGGGAUGUAUGACAAACUGUAUAAAGAAGAGUUUGGAUACAGGAAAGAAGACCUGAAAAAGGUAUACCUUAUAUUGUACAACUUGUUUCAAUUUAUCGGCUUCACAUACGUACUAUGCGUAAUGAUAGUGCGAUUCGUUAAACUAGACUAUGCGUCCAUGGUGGACACUUAUGAGCAUGUAGGGGGGGCUAUGAAGUUCCUUCAAUUAAUGAUGUUCCUCGAAGUUAUGCACCCCUUAUUUCGAUAUACUAAGGGAAGCCCCCUUGUAGCAUUCUUACAAGUGGGUGGCCGGGCGUUCGUAUUAUUUGCAAUGAUAGACUCGGAACCACGGAUGCAGACGAAACCUGUAGUGUUUUGCCUAUUUGGUAUUUGGACCCUGAUUGAGGUUGUCAGAUAUCCCUUUUACAUAGCACAACUUUACAGAAAAGAGAUUUAUCUCCUAACCUGGCUUCGUUAUACCUUGUGGAUCCCACUCUAUCCCUUGGGAAUCCUCUGUGAGGCAAUUGUUAUACUCAGAAAUAUCCCCUACUUUGAAGAAAGUGGUAAGUUCACUAUCUCUCUGCCCAAUGAGUGGAACUUUGCAUUCCAUUUGCCUAACUUUCUCAGGGUAUACCUUCUGAUAUUAGCCUUUCCCGGUAUGUUCUUUGUUAUGAAACAUAUGCAUAAACUACGUACAGUCAAGCUUAAACCAAAAAUCAUAAUUAAAAAAUGUAAGUAAAAAUAAGUGCUCUGUUAUAGUCAACAAAGAGGUAAGUAUAUGUUUUGAUGGGCACAGGCACUAUAGUUUAACAGCAAAAUCAAAUAAUAAAAAUAAAGAAGUUCAAACUUUGUUUUUAAGAUCUAACACAGGAAAUGUCAUGUUAAUAUGCAUAUAUAUAGCAUAUUAAUUAUUCUAACCAUACAAUAGGUAAAACUAUUGGUUUAAAUUUAUUAUGGAAACAUCCUAAUUGAAGAAUUCCUCUAAUUCUAAUUAAAAAAUGACACUAUUGUGAUUUCCAACUAUUGAAAUGUAUUAUUAUAUGUAUUAUAUCAUUUGUAUUAAAAAUAUUUUUCAACAGUCCUAUAGCAUUAUUUUCAAUAUAAAAUAGACUAUUUAUUAAAAUUCAAUAAAUGCUGUAAAUUAAUUUCUUUUGAUUUGUAUAUACAUAUUUUAUUUAAUUGCUAAAAACAUGAGUAAGGUUUAAUAGUUUAAGACUUUGUCUACCUGACCUAAGAUUUUACCAGUAAGUUGUAUUUUUAAAAUAAAAACUGGGUUUUUAAGUUUACUACAGCAUAAUAUUUUGUUUACUUUAACAGAACUGUGUAUACCUAACAACAAUGUAUUACCUAAAUUAUUGUAUUUACAUGUAGAAAUAAAAUUAAGUAAAAUAAGCUAUAGGUGUCUGUAAUCUAGUUUUCAUGAAAAUAAGUUACUAUCACAUUUUAUUAUGGUUUAGUAAAACUUCAGUAGUGUUUUAUCCCAUUGGAUAAAACAGUAUUGGGGGUAUUUGUUUGGACUAAUAAGUCCAGUCUCAGUAGUUACAAGGAUUACACACAAAGAAAAUAAACCUAGUGACUUAUUUUCAAAUAAAAUUAAGGACACAUUACCCUGUGCAUUUUGAUAUAAUAAAGACAUUGUAGUUAUUUUUUACAAUGUAAGGACUACAAUAUUUGUUCUUCCCCUAUGUAUGCUGAAUGGAAUAGAUAAGUUAUUAUUAUAUUUUUUGUUACUAUUAUUUUGUUUUCAAAUAAAAGAUAAAUAAUA